AUGCCUCUCGCUCCCCCUCCCCACUAUCUUUCUCGCCACGUUCUCUCACUAAUAAUGGAUUCAAGGGCUGGAACCAGAAAUUUCUUCGGAGCUCCUUACAUUCAUAAGGAGAUAACCUUCGCAGAUCAAAGUCCUAGCACAUGGAUAAUCACCCAGAAGUUGAAGGAGAAAUCCAUUCAACAGAGCACUGAUGAACCUGAACAUCUACCUUCAUUUGCCGUUGCCUCGUUUAUAUGCCGGAAUAGGAACAACCCCGCCCAGGAGGCUAUGAUGAAGAUUUGGCUGCAGCUGCCACGAAUAGGGACUGAGUACAGCAGCCCCGAAGAACGCGCAAGACAAGCAACAAACCUUCUCUGCAGGGAGGCUGAGUCGGAAUGGAAUGCCUUUUGCUGUCUCCAGUCAUCUUCCCUUGAUCUGACUCCAGAACUGUUGGCAGCAAAGCGAGACGCCCAAGCCGAAGUAGAUCUUCUCCCCGGCGGCUACGCAUUAUACCUGGUUUUUACCCUCAUUCAGGGAAUUCGCUUGGGCCCCCCGCUCCGCGAGCUGUCUGUCUUCUGGACUCUAGAUAUGGCAACCCGCGAGGAGAUUCGCCAGGCUUUCAAGGAGGGAUACAUGUCUCUGGGCCGGAUCGGGAUUAGCUUGUGGCGACCAACCCUCAACAAUCUGAUAUGA